UGUGCGUGAGAUAGGAAUCAGAGAGAGAGUGGCCGGUGGAUGGCGCGAGCGACAACAAGAUUUGGUUAUUUGGGAGCCGAAGUCGCCGAAAACGUCGCACUGCCUCCCGUCCGGAGCCAUCAUGCAAAUCCUAAUUCCCCUCCCCCUAUCUCCAACUCGCCUCUUUUCCAACUCCUGAUUUCCUCCUCUCCUUCUGCCGGACAAGGCAGCGGCAACAGAGGGAGGGUGUCAAGGAGAGGAGAGGAGAGCGAAACAGCAACACAGAAAGAGACCCCCUCUCUCUCCUUUCAGCUCCACCUGUUAUCCACCCCUUAUUCCAGGYUUAAUACGGAACAAAGUUGGGGAUUAUUCACUCUCUGGAAAUGGUUCAAGAAGCUAGAUGAUUCAAUUUCAAGUGAGCGAUGAGUUGUUGACAUUGUUAUAAGACACCUCAAGCCUGCAUCUGAUUCCAUAACUUCAACCAUGGAAUCUGGACAUGGGAAUACCGAGGAUACUGUUCGUGAAGUUAGAAUUCAACGUUCAUCAUCAUUGUCGUCAUCAUCAUCAGACUCGUCAUUGGAUGAACAAUUUGAAGUGGACAGAAACUUAAUUGGCGAAUCCAACCCAGUCAAUGAUGAGGUUGCUCAGUUUGCUUUUAAAGAUGCUGAGAGGAAUGCCUCUAGUAUUUCGUCUCCCAAAUUUGGAGAGUCUGAGAAAGGGAUGCCAGGAUUCACAUAUCGACCGCAAUUGUCCAGUACUACUCUUGAUUUGGGCUUAGACAAUGGUUUAUCAAAACAAUCCCCUCCAGUCCAAACGAUGGACCGGUAUGAUGUGCCCGAUCCAUAUAGGAUCCCAGCUUCUGUGUUUGAAAGAAGUAAGUCCACAACACCAUUGGAAUGGAGUGUGGCUUCCAAUGAGUCAUUAUUCAGCAUCCAUGUUGGUAAUAAUAGCUUCUCCAGAGACCAUGUUUAUCUGUUUGGUAGAUCUGGAGAGCUGACUUUAUCUGGUGAAUUGACAAAGUCCGGAGAGUUGAAGAUGCUCCAAAGUAGCUCGCCCCCUGCUAAUAUACCAUCACUCUCUCCUCACAAAGAUACAGAUCUGGGGGAUAGCCUAGGUGUAGCUGAAGCAGCCGCUGAAACCAUGAAGGAGGUUUUAAGGACAACUGCAGAAGACAAAGAAAAGAAUCCUCCUGUUGAUGUUGUCCGCCAGUCAUCUAGCACAUCUCGUCGUUCUGAUGCUAGUGCGACCAGCAUUCAAUCUUUUGCUUUUCCGAUAUUGACAGGGGAAGGUGGAGGUAGAAGUGGCUCAGUGAAGGCGGAUCCUGAACAAAAUCAACAACCACAGUCACAGACCCCAGGAGCAACCCCGGAUGCAGCUCAAAAUAAGUGGUUCCCUUGUUUCUCCUGUUGCCCAUUUUGUUGUUGAUCAGAGAGUGGGAUCUUCCAGAUUUUCUCAUUUUAUCCUAUGACAAACAUACGAAAGGAUAUAAGUAUAUUGUCUAACUUGCCCUUUAGGUGUUUGUAAAUGGGGUCUUUAUAUGAAAGUUAAAUACUUGGUUUUGAUUCUUUUGAA